CGUCGUCCACUCGACCUGCGGUAGAAAAAAAAAAACAAGGAGAUGAAACAGAAAUCUCCUUACUCCAUCUUCGGCACAACAGGAUCGAUCCUUUUCCUUCUCGAUUCAACACCAUCGUGCUUUUCUUCCUCAUCUUCUGAGAUCUCGUUGAUACGGUCUUCUUGUUCUUGGAUCCCCGCCUGAUGAGGAAGAGGGAGAGGGAGAACCCCUGCGAAGUCUGUGGGCAUUACCACAAAUACGAGGAGGGCGAGGUAUGCAAUAUCUGUGGCCACCGGGUCCCCGCAGCCUACGAGCGCACCAUCCAGCAAGGCAGCGCCUUCCCAUCCGAGAUCCUUAAGGAUUUCCUCUACCUCGGUAGCUACGACAACGCCUCCCGUGGGGAGAUCCUCAAAGCCUUAGGCAUCACCCACAUCCUCAACACUGUACCUGCCUGUCAGAAUCUAUAUAAGAAUUCCUUUACUUAUCACUGCCUCAAAGAUGACAAAAUCCUACAAUUCGAUGAAGCAAUUGAAUUUUUAGAGCAAUGCGAGAAGGAGAAAGCUCGUGUGCUUGUUCACUGUAUGCUGGGAAAAAAUAGGUCUCCGGCAAUUGUGAUAGCCUAUUUGAUGAAAUCCAAUGGAUGGAGACUUGUGCAAAGUUCUCAGUGGGUUAAAGAACGCCGACCAGUAGUGGAAUAUUCCCCAGCUGUCUAUCAGCAGUUGGUGGAGUAUGAGCACACUAUCUUUGGAUCCAGUGAAGUUGCAACUGUGCAACCGGUACUUGCAUCUGAAUCAAUUCCAUCCUUCGGGUUCGGAUUCCCCCCAUCAUCCAAUACACCCGCAGCUCCAAUAUUCAACCAGCCGAUCGCAUCGAUCUUCCAGCAAGCCAGCCAGAACACCACCAGUGGCGAUUUCAUUUUUGAGGCAGAAGCGAAAGUGGAACUAAGAAUGAUGGAAAGCAGUGCUUUUGGUGUGUCACCGCCAACUGGGAGUGAAGCCCCCAUGGACAGCACUUGAAGAACGACCGGUUUGUCUGAGGUCCAUCUUGUGUGCAUAAGAUGGUUGAUGUCAAUUGCUUAGCAUAUCUUUGAUAAUACAAAAUGGAAACGCUUUUUAAAAAAAAACAUUUUUGUGUUAGCCAACUAAAACAGCAUAAAAAUAAUCUGUUCAUUCCAUGUUGUGCCACACGAGGAAAAAUUAUCAUCGUUUGAUGAUCUCCCUU